GUUGAUUUAGCGUACGGUUGUUUGUGCAUUUCGAAAAACGCUGAAACUAGUAAAUAUUCAAGACGCUGGUAGCCGAUUUGUCUACACUGCUCAACAUACAAAACGGCACGCGACAGUAUAUUUUGCAUUUUAAAGUCGGCCAGUCACACAAAUAGAGACCGAGAGAAGCAGACAGUCAGACAGUCUGAGAGACGACGACGACGACUGAGAUUAAAAUACUCAUAGACACUCCAAUUUUUUUUUUUUGCGAAGCAGGAUAAGCUUAACCCGCCGUCAAAAUGAGCAAAAAGCCCACAGCCGGUCCGGCGCUGCACAAGGUUAUUAUGGUGGGCAGCGGCGGUGUUGGGAAAUCGGCGCUCACACUACAAUUCAUGUACGACGAGUUCGUUGAGGAUUACGAGCCGACCAAGGCCGAUAGCUAUAGGAAAAAGGUUGUAUUGGAUGGCGAAGAAGUACAAAUAGAUAUACUAGACACAGCCGGCCAAGAGGAUUAUGCAGCUAUCAGAGAUAAUUAUUUUCGCAGUGGCGAGGGUUUUCUCUGUGUCUUCUCAAUCACAGAUGAUGAAAGCUUCCAGGCAACGCAAGAAUUCAGAGAACAAAUAUUACGCGUAAAGAAUGAUGAGAGCAUACCGUUCCUGCUGGUGGGCAACAAAUGCGAUUUGAAUGACAAACGCAAAGUGCCGUUGAACGAGUGCCAGUUAAGGGCACAGCAAUGGUCAGUGCCCUAUGUGGAGACAUCGGCCAAGACGCGCGAGAAUGUUGACAAGGUAUUUUUUGAUUUGAUGCGCGAAAUAAGAUCACGAAAAACCGAAGAUUCGAAAGCGACUAGCGGGCGUGCUAAAGAUAGAUGCAAGAAGCGGAGACUUAAGUGUACCCUACUUUAGGCAUUAGGUAUUUUACGAUCUAAUCAGGGAUAUUUCAUCACGCAAAAAACAACGUCAGACGGACGUGAAACAGCCGCCGAAGCCCAAUUCUCAUUGCUGCCAAUUGCUGUAAACAACCAAUUUUUGACAACAACAACAACAACAAGAACAAGAACAACAACAAGAAGGAAGAGAAACAACAACAACAGCAACGUUACAACAUAGGCCACACGAAUACUGAAAGCGAAAUACGGAAACGGAAGGAAGCAGAAGCAGUCUAUGGCAACCACAAAAAAAGAGACAGACAGUUAGACAGAUAUACAGACAAACAAACAAACAUACAUAGAUUUAUAUACAUACAUAUAACACAGUGUUAUUUAAAGGAACAACCUUAUCAAAAUUAUUUGCAACAUUUCAACGAUGAUUAAAUUACCUUUAAAACGAAACAAAACAAAUCCAAAAACAAAAUUGAAAAAGUAUAUAAAUAAAUAUUAUAAACAAACAAACGCUA